CGGCUGCUGUGAGGUGGCUGUCGUCGGGCAAAAGAAGCGCCACUGGUUGCAUUGGAGUAUAUCUGGCCAACUUAUAAAGUUUUAAUUAUUUUAGACAUGGACAUUCACAAUCCCAGGAGCAGCAACCAGACUUCACCUUUCCAGAAGUUGUCAAAUGGUUACAUCCCCCCCAGAGGCAAAGUGGUUCCCAACACCCUCUUUGUUGGUUGGACUAACAUGACGGUGGAUGAAAAUGAUAUGCGGGAGAUCUUUGGGAGAGAUGGUACUGUCCAGGAAGUAAAACUGAUCACAGACCGUGCCGGGAUCAGCAAAGGGUAUGGGUUUGUGCGCUUCAAUGAAGAUGUUGAUAUUCAGUCAAUCUUGAAGCAACAGAUCCGAUUUAAGGGCCAUAAUCUCAGGUUGGGCCCUGCCAUCAUGAAAGAAAGGAGCUCUCGGGCCCAUGUGGUUGUCCCAGACCACCGGAUGAGCCCCACUCAGUACUUCUGCUACACCUGCUGCUCACCCAUGGGUAGGGGUAUGGCACAACCUUCGGCAUUCAUCAGUGGAGGCAGCCACUACAGUCAGCCGUACUUCUACUCCAACUUUGGAGGGGCCAUGAUCCCACCUAUGCCAGUGAACCAUGUACAGAACGCCCACGCCUACCAGUACCCUCCACCUCACUGGAUUGCGGACCAGUGGACACAGCCUAUCGAUCAGGACUGUGUGGACUGUGGCGUCCAGACUAUGAUGAAUUUGAUGUAGUCCACAGCUACUGACCCCCCUGCCAGAUACACGCCACGGUGGCUGCAGCGAGUCAAAACUCGGACAGGAUGACAUCUUGAUGUUCCAGACGGCUGGAAGCACCGCGCUCGCUCACACUGUAUCCCGAAUACCCUGCUCCCGCCUUCCUUCCCUCAAUUCUUUUGAGACCCAUUUUAACACCAUACUGCAGGAGCCCUUCACUUUAACUGAACCAGUUUAAUCACAAUCACUUUGAAACACGACUGGUCGGGACCACUGUCGUGUGGUCGAAUCACUUUUAACCCACGUGGAUCACAGUGACAGUUACACAGAAAGAGCAGAGCACCCUCACCGUACAAGUUCAUCACUUCUUCAUUCUUUUUUGUUUUUCUUUGUCAGUUAUCCCAGAGAGGAAAAUGGAAAAUACUUUUAAGCUCACCAUUUCUGCCUAUUUAUAUCUUGUGUUUUAUUAUUUUAAAUGUUUGUUUGAUAGGGGCUUUUAUCCUCUGCCAGGGCUCUCUGUACAUUUAUAUGUUGUAACAAUGUCUUGGAGUUGAAUACUACUUUAACUCCAGUUCAGGUCUGAUGCUCCUCUGAUGAAGACAUUUCAUUAACUUUUCUACUACAGUAUACGGGCACUUGGUCAUUCCAUUAAAUUCAAGACCUCACAUUUAGUUUGGGCUCUAUUCCUCUUAAUUGGGUGUCGAUUGAGACGGUAAAUGAACGGCAUUUUUCUCACAUUAUAGACUUUUUGAGUUCCAUAGAGCGUGUACAGCACACCGAUCAUCUAUGUUGGGUUUCUAAACUGUCCGUCCUGUGAGUGGGUGUUUCUCAAACGGCAUUUUUUUCCCCCCACCAUCAUUCAUCAAUCAGCUUAUAUUUGGAGGGGAAAAAAGUGGAAAGCCGUUUUGAUCCACUUUGAAAAUUAAGUGUCAUUUAAAGUGAGGUGCUCUCUGUGUCUUUGGGGGGAAAACAUUCAUUGUACAUGGUUCGCUGUACUGGUUUUAAUCUUGUCGCAGGUGAUCUUGCACAUUUUACUGUCAUCGUAUGAUUCUUUUACGUAUAAUCUCUUCACUCGGUGCACUUCAUUUGUUUUCUGUUUAUUUAUACACUAAAAGAGCAGCUUUGUUUGGCUGGAGAUGCACAUUUGGUGCACAUCACAUUUUCUUUUCUCUUAACCAAUAGUUUUAUAGGGCUAUUGACCUCAGGGUGUCCUGUGUGCUUAUUGCAGUGGUAGAAUUUUGUUCAGAGAGCCUGGGCACUACACUGUUAAGUUUGGUUUAUUGUCAGCGUUCAUGUUUUGCAAGGUUUGGAUGUUUUUGUCUGA